UCAUAUGUCAUCCACCAAACAUACCAAACUUCCACGCAUCUGCCGCAGGCUGCUGUGGCUGCCGCUCCUGUAUCAGCCCGCCGCCGCGAUGAGGACCGACCUGGCUCUGGUCCUGACAGCAGCCCUUCUUCUUGACACACUGCGGGGGAAUAAUGGUGAGCGUCUUUCCAAAGGUCCCUGUCGACCUGGCUUCUCCCAAAGCUUCUACCCUGUCUUGAUUCCAAGGAAUGUACUGCCAGGCCAAGAUGUGCUUAAAGGAGCAAGUGUGUCAUCGCAGACAGUAAAGUUUGAUGACUGCGUGGGGAACAAAGCAGUGGUUUUCGAGAGCAGCGAUCCCAACUUCGGUGUGCGGACCGAUGGUUCCAUAUUUGCCCGAGGAGCAGGAGGAGCAUCCUUGAAUGAGCCGGUCCAGUUUAAACUGACAGCAAGUGGUCCUUACUCUCAAGUCUGGAAGACUGUGAUCCAGCUGGCACUGAUAGACCCCCCUUCCCAUCAACAAAAUGAGAAUGAGGUCACAACCGAAGAGGAGAAGGUUGCUGGGAGGACAGAGAAGAAGGAAACAUACCAAGCUUCGCCUCCUAUCAUCAUGUUUUCAGGGGGCAACCGGAAUAGCUCCAAGGGUCUACGAAGGCAAAAGAGGGACUGGGUGAUACCACCGAUCAAUGUUGCUGAAAAUUCUCGAGGACCGUUCCCUCAGAUGCUUGUCAGCAUUCGCUCAGACCAAGAUCAGGACAUCUCCAUCCGAUACAGCAUCACUGGGGUCGGAGCAGAUCAACCACCCAAUGAGGUCUUCAACAUUGACCCGGUGCUUGGAAAGAUGUUCGUUACCAAACCUCUGGACCGAGAACAUCGCUCAUCUUAUCAUCUCCGAGCACAUGCUGUGGACAUGAAUGGGAAUAAAGUGGAGAACCCCAUUGAUCUGUAUAUCUUUGUUAUCGACAUGAACGACAACAGGCCAGAGUUCAAGAACCAGGUGUACAAUGGAUCGGUGGAUGAAGGCUCUAGACCAGGUACCUACGUAAUGCAUCUUUCUGCCUUCGAUGCUGACGACAACACGACGGCAAACGGAAUGGUGCGCUAUCGAAUCCUGUCCCAGAUGCCACACAGCCCCAUCCCGAACAUGUUCACUAUCAAUAGUGAGACUGGGGAUAUUGUGACAGUUGCGCCUGGUCUCGAUCGAGAGAAAGUGUCCCAGUAUACUAUAAUUGUCCAAGCCACUGACAUGGAGGGCAACCUGAAUUUUGGCCUGUCCAACACGGCGACCGCCAUUAUCGCCAUCACGGACAUCAACGACAACCCCCCCAUGCUGACCUCCAGAACGUUUUCCGGUGAGGUUCCUGAGAAUCGUGUGGAUGUUGUGGUGGCUAAUCUGACGGUGAUAGAUGCCGACCAACCGCAUUCUCCGAACUGGAACGCCAUUUACAGGAUCAUCAGUGGCGAUCCUUCUGGCCGCUUCAACAUUUGCACAGACCCCGUGACCAAUGACGGCAUGGUGACUGUGGUAAAGCCGGUCGAUUUUGAGAUGAACCGAGCCUUCAUGCUUACAGUGGUGGUGUCUAACCAGGCCCAUCUGGCUAGUGGAAUUCAGUCCUCCCUCCAAUCUACGGCAGGGGUAACCAUAUCUGUUCAGGACGUCAAUGAACCCCCUUAUUUCCCCACAAAUCCAAAACACAUCCGAUUUGAGGAGGGUGUUCCUGCCGGCACGAGUCUGACGACCUUCUCAGCCUCGGAUCCCGACCGACUACAAAUGCAGCAGACAAUCAGGUACUCCAAGCUGAAUGACCCGGCGGACUGGUUAUCCAUCAACAGAACUAACGGUCAGAUAGUUACCACAGCUACUCUGGACAGAGAGUCUGUCUAUGUCAAAAACAACAUAUAUGAAGCCACAUUCCUGGCAACAGAUAAUGGCUCUCCUGCAGCCAGCGGCACCGGCACGCUGCAGAUAUACCUGAUAGAUAUUAACGACAACCCCCCAGCACUUAUACCCAGGGAGUCUCAGAUCUGUGAGCAGAUGAACAAGAAUGCCAACGGUGUCAAUAUCACUGCUGCUGACGCCGACACUGACUCUAACGCUGGGCCUUUUAUCUUCGAGCUGCCCAUGUAUCCUUCCAGCAUCAGACGCAACUGGACAAUUACGCGGAUAAGUGGAAACUACGGCCGCCUAAGUCUGAGAUACCAAGUCUAUUUGGAGCCGGGCAUGUACGAGGUCCCAAUAAGUGUUUCUGACUCGGGAAACCCACCCUUGUCCAACAGGUCGGUCAUCAAAGUGAAAGUGUGUCCAUGUGAUCAAAACGGAGAUUGCACUACAGCGGGUGCUGUGGCAGCCGCCGGCUUGGGAACCGGAGCCAUCUUCUCUAUUCUGAUCUGCAUCAUCAUUCUGCUCAGCAUGGUGCUGCUGUUUGUGGUGUGGAUCAAGCGCAGGGAGAAGGAGAGACACAUUAAACAGCUGCUCAUUGACCCGGAGGAUGAUGUCAGAGACAACAUCCUGAAAUACGAUGAAGAGGGAGGGGGAGAAGAGGACCAGGACUACGACCUGAGUCAGCUGCAGCAGCCUGACUCGUUGGAGCACAUCAUCAGCAAGCCUCCAGGUGUCCGCAGGGUGGAUGAGCGGCCCAUCAUCCCUGAAUCCCAGUACCCAAUCCGACCAGUCGUGCCCCACCCCGGAGACAUCGGGGACUUUAUCCAUGAGGGUCUCCGAGCAGCUGACAAUGACCCCACGGCACCACCGUACGACUCGCUGCUGGUGUUUGACUAUGAGGGCGGCGGCUCCACUUCUGGUUCUGUCAGUUCUCUCAACUCUUCCAGCACCGGAGAGCAGGACUACGACUACCUCAACGACUGGGGACCCCGCUUCAAGAAGCUGGCCGACAUGUACGGCGGGGGGGAGGAGGAUUAAAUCCCACACGCUCAACGCACUCGUCUUAUCAGCUGGCUUGCUGUGUCCCGCCAACACCAGGGGUUGCAACAAGUUCACACCGACUGACCAACAUUCGAACUACCUGCUCCAGAGGUCGGCCACCGUCUGACUGACACAGACGCUCUGAGUUAUCACGAUUUUGUAUUUUUUUCAAACUUUCAUGUGAAGUUUUAAGCCAGGCUUUAGUCGCUUCUGUCUGAUUCUCUUUUUCUUGUGACUUCUUUUUUUUUCUCCGUUCUCUUCACUCCACAACAAGAGUCGUUCCUUACUCCUCCAGGUGUUCACUUCCCUCUAGCUGUCAGCCCCUGUCUGCCUCUCUGCAGAAGCUUUUUGGUUUCAGCCUCUUUGUCUAGGGGGUAGCAAAUAGGAACAAGAACCCAGAUAUGAAAGUCCCUCCUGUGUGAGGCCUCUGGUUUAUUCUCUUUUGAACUUGGAUCACUUAGAAUAGAAGCACUGUUGUUUAAAAAAAAAAAAAAAAAAGAAGAGAAAAAAAAGUGCCUUCAGUGGUGCAUAUUUUAACCGACUCCCUCUAACUCAGGAUAAGUUGCCAUUUUCUGGGCGUCUGCGCCUUCAUUUACCCCUGACCCUUUAACUCAGACCUUUCCAUCGUGCUGCAGGGCUGUGCUUUGGCUGCGGUGGUGCCAGUCUCAGCUACGAGCAGCGAAGGCGGGUGUUAUGUAGACAUACCGGACAAAUCAGUACAAGUUGAUGGCAGCCAAGUUGAACAUGAUUGCAUAAAUCACACAAAAAACGAGAUGGGACUGUUGUGGAGUAGUGUCUUUGUUUCUCGUGGCUUCUUUAGCAGCUGUGUUUGUUUUGAACUCAUUAAUCACACCUUAACACAUGACAGUCAAGGUUUUCCUGUUUAUCCACACACCCAAAGGGACGUAUGCAUUUUGCAAGUUUACUACAAAAGGGAAGGGAUUCAUAUGGACCCCAUUCCUGGGUGGAUCUCGCCUGAGAGGGAGAGGGGUAGUUGAUCAUUUUGCUAUGCAGUUUGCUGAAAAUGAUGGAAAGCGCCACCCUACGUAGCAACUGAUGCUGUGGUCAAAGUUCAAAUUGCCACAGAACACAUAUUAAGACACUUAACACUACUGCCGUCUGGCAGCUGAAGUGAAUAUCAUCAUCAUCAUUCUUUAUUGCAGACCUUAAAGGCCUACUGAAACCCACUACUACCGACCACGCAGUCUGAUAGUUUAUAUAUCAAUGAGGAAAUAUUAACAUUGCAACACAUGCCAAUACGGCAUUUUUAGUUUACUAAAUUGCAAUUUUAAAUUUCCCGGGAGUUUCUUCUUGAAAACGUCGCGUAAUGAUGACGUGUGCGCGUGACGUCAUGGACUGUUAGGAAAUAUGAGCGCUGCGCACACACACAGCUAAAAGUUGUCUGCUUUAAGCGCAUAAUUACACAGUAUUCUGGACAUCUGUGUUGCUGAAUCUUUUGCAAUUUGUUCAAUUAAUAUUGGAGAAGUCAAAGUAGAAAGAUGGAGUUGGGAAGCUUUAGCCUUUAGCCACACAAACACACGAUGAUUCCUUGUUUAAAAUUCCCGGAGGUGAAACUUUACUAUGGAUCAGAGCGGUCAAGCGAACAUGGAUCCUGACCGAAUGUCAACCAGCAGGUUUCGGUGAGAAGAUUGUGGUAAAAAGUCGCCUCUUACUGGAGAUCAGCUGAGCUUGCGCCAUCCAUAAAGCUGCCGUCAAUUUCCUGAGACACUGGCCUCAAGACACCCAUGGACACACCCCUCUGACUAUCAGGUACUAUUAAACUCACUAAAACACUAGCAACACAAUAGAACGAUAAGGGAUUUCCCAAAAUUAUCCUAGUAGAUGUGUCUAAAAACAUCUGAAUCCGUCUCAAUGCAAUUGCGUUUUUUUCUUUUUUAAAUUCUUUUUUUUUUUUUUUCUAGUCCGUCACUAUCAAUAUCCUCAAACGCAAAUCUUUCAUCCUUGCUCAAAUUAAUGGGCAAAUUGUCGUUUUCUCGGUCCGAAUAGCUCUUUUUGUUGGAGGCUCCCAUUAAAAACAAUGUGAGGAUGUGAGGAGCUAUCAACGGGUGACGUCAUCAUCUUUGACUUUCGGUAAAGGCAGGGCUUUUCUCCAGUUGCGAACUUUAUUGUGGAUGUUCUCUACUAAAUCCUUUCAGCAAAAAUAUGGCAAUAUCGCGAAAUGAUCAAGUAUGACACAUAGAAUGGACCUGCUAUCCCCGUUUAAAUAAGAAAAUCUCAUUUCAGUAGGCCUUUAAGAUCCAUUAAAGAUACAAAAUAUUAAAAAAAAAAAAAAAAAAACACUAAAAAACAUUUUGUUUAGAAACAUUAAAAAAACAUAAAGUCCAAAUGUCAGUUUCUAACAUACAAACAUGUGUGCCAAUGGUUCCCAAUCCAGAUGAGUACCUAACAGAACUGGGUUUGUUAACACAGUGAAUAUGUCAUUUUCACAGUCAGAUGCCCUACACUAAACUUAUAAUAAUAAUGGAUUAGAUUUAUAUCGCGCUUUUCUAUUGUUAGAUACUCAAAGCGCUCACAGAGAAGUGGGAACCCAUCAUUCAUUCACACCUGGUGGUGGUAAGCUACAUCUGUAGCCACAGCUGCCCUGGGUUGGACUGAUGGAAGCGUGGCUGCCGGUUUGCGCCUACGGCCCCUCCGACCACCACCAAUUAUUCAUUCAUCAUUCAUUCACUGGUGUGAGCGGCACCGUGGGCAAAGGGUGAAGUGUCCUGCCCAAGGACACAACGGCAGCGACUUUGAUGUCCAUAGGUGGGAAGCGAACCUGCAACCCUCAGGUUUCUGGCACGGCCGCUCUACCCACUACGCCAUGCCAUAGUUGCGUAGCAAAGCUGAGAAAGUAGGCCCCCCAACACUAACAAACAUCUGGCUUGCACUGGCAUCUUCUUGGAAUUCCCAGGAGAAGCCUCAUACAAUCAUUAUAACCAACCUGCAGCUUAUAGUGCACCCCCCUCCCCAAUUCAUCACGUUUCAUGUGUCAGGUAAACCGAGACAAAUGUGGCUGUAUGAAUUCCCUUCUUACUGUCGGACAAAAAAAUACAACAUUGCAAAUACAAAGUAAACAAUGAAGUCAGCUUGAAGGAUUGUUAUCCCCGAUCAAUCCCUUGCUCUUUUAUGUCACUAUAUUGUUUUUAGUUAUGUUAGAUUCAGUAAUACUUCACGACAAUGUUUAAAUGUAGGAAUGUUGGUGCUCACAACGAUUGAGGGAUUUGAGCCUCAGCCAGGGAUUUCUCGGCUCCUCAAUCUGUCUCUCUUCAGGCUGCACUUAAACAUUUAUCUGAAAUGUUCCCCCUGAAAAUUAUGCCUGCAAGUUCAAAAGUUUCCGUGAAGAAGUGAGAGCAAACAAAAGUUUGCCAUGGAGUUGUGAACACUAUAUCAAAGUCCACUGGUCCAAAAUGGAGACUUGACAGAUUUUCUAAAAGAAAAUUUUUUUUAAAGACUGAAUGAAACGGCAAAACUGCUUAUGGGCUUGUGUACCGUAUAUUUCGGACCAUAAGGCGCACCCAAUUAUAAGGUGCAUUAAAGAGGACAUAAUAUGAUUUUUUUUCCAUAUUUAAAACACUAUCCUGUGGUCUACAUAACAUGUAAUGGUGGUUAUUUGGUGAAAAUGUUGCAUAGAUUAUGUUUUACAGACCAUCUUUAAGUUAUUGACCUUCGGUUCAGGAUGCGCCGUUUUGUGGGCGGUCUUAUUCACGUGGCUCACCUUUAACAGCGCCUUCUCCCCGUCAUCUUUGUUGUAGCGGUGUAGCGUGCAAGGAUGGGACUGGAAGAAGUGUCAAAAGAUGGAGCUAACUGUUUUAAUGACAUUCAGACUUUACUUAAAUCAAUAAUGGAGCAACAUUUCCUCAUUCGUGGCUCACUGGUGAAACAACGCCGGAAAUGUGUCCCGUAAAAAAACGGCCCACCGGAACGCUCUAAUAACGAAAGUUCCCCAGGUGAAUUAUUUAAACCCAAUACACCGGAAGUUUUUAGCGCUUCCAUAGCAAGAUAUAAGUCGGAACUUGGCAAAAGUGGAGGGUGAAUGUCCCAUAACAAGAAGAUAGUGAAAAAGAAGAAGCUUAUCCCCUAUGGUUUCAGCACUGACUACACUGGCGGACUUAUGCAGAUCCAAAUACACAUCAGCAAGUACCAGAAGGAAAUCAUUUUAUGCAUAAUAUUGUGACACAAAACGCCAGAUAAUAUGUGCCAUUUUGCGGUCCUUAUACACACACCAUAAUAAUACCACAUGUUGAACCACAAUACGUCUGACGACGGUUGCCGUAGUGCUGCGACAAUCCAUCAAGCGGUGCGGCUUCAUACCUUACCAAAGUCGUACUCAAACAUUUUGACAGAUUUUUGAGCGUCGUGUGUACUGUUCUAUAUUCUCAACUUAAAGUGUCGGUGUUGUUUACUGGCGUCAUAUUGCAGUCUACACUUCUCUCUUAUGUGUGACUGCCAUCUAUAGGUCACACUUAUCAUUACACCACGUACCAAAUAAACUAGCUUUGAGGUCGGCAAGCACAACCAGAUUUAUUCCGUACAUUCGGCACACCAGGUUAUAAGGCGCACUGUCGAUUUUUGAGAAAAAGAAAGGAUUUUAAGUGCGCCCUUAAAAUAAUUUUUCAAAACACACCCAUGUUGGACGGAAAUUACGACUUAUAAAUGUUAAUGUAUAUUAUUCAAAUGUUGUCAGUGGGUGGAACAUGUUCCCCUGUGGUCCCCAGCUUGAUGCUGGAUGACCUAAUUCGCAAUGACUUUAAAAUACAACAAAUUAUAAGAGGAAAACUGUACUAAUGCAUCUCCUUGAAAAAGGCCCAUCCAUUAGAAUAAUACAUGCUGUUUACCUGCCAAUGCAAGUAUUUAUGGCCUUAAAAGAGAAACCUGGGUGUAAUUGGGUUCUUACAAAGGGAAGGAAUAUCAUGUUAUAAUCAACAAGGUGAACAGGGUUGGAAUCUAACGGUUGAGAGGAAACAGAAGCAACUUGCAUCUUGCCGUGAAGAAACUGAGAGCAGUGAUUUUUUUCCCCCAACCACUGUCAGCUUAAAGUGCAAUCAGAGUCAAGGCAAGGAGGGACGCUCGCUGCCGGAUUAGCUCUUAUCUAUUCGGUUGCUCCUCCACCGCCAGAAUAUCCUCACAAAAUAAACACAGCUGUUACUCUCGCUAUCUGUGAUUUGUGUCUGACACAUCAAUGUUGUAUAUACAGGACCUUUUUUUAUACAUUUGUCAACAUGAAUCACUUGUGAUUUUUCUCUCUCACUCUUUCAAGUGAGACCAACACGUUGGCGAGGAAGGUUUUACCGCUAAAAAGCCAUGGUGAAGAGAACUCCAUUGAUUUUGAGCGCGCUCACGCAGCCGUGCUUGUGUCGCCGGGUCACUCGAGCCUCUUCAGAGCAAUGAGUAAAGACCUUUCAAACUCACCUGUACAGUCCAGCAUUAACACACACACACACACACACACACACACACACACACACACACACACACACACACACACACUCCUCUUGGCCUUAUUGUACACAUAUGCGGGUUCUGGUCCAGCGUUUCAAACUGAUUGCAAAGCUCAAAGGGCCCUCUUACAUGUAGUGGGACUGCCAGAGGACAAAGGGACGUUCUUUGACACAUUUAGGGUCCCUGAGCAGACAUCCGGAUAAAAAAAAAUCUGGGAUAACGCUGCAGCAGGCCACACACGUACACACAAUGACUUUUUUUUGUUUGUUUAAAUGGCGCUGUUAUGGUGUUGCAUGAUGACAAAUUGCAACAACUGUUUUUGUGCCGUCUGAAGUUAUUGAAGAGAUUGCAAAUAUCUAACAACGCUUUUUCUCCGGCGUACUGUAGACAAUUUGUAACCAUGGACACGCCUGACAUGAUUGCAGGAUAUGGCCGCCACUACAAGAAAGACCGGUGGUUCUUUAGAGAUUUCCUCGCCCAAGUCCAAGUGUACAUACUGUAGUCUUUGCUCGCUAAACAGACCAAGUUCAAUGUACGACUUGAGCUUUUUGCAUGUCUUUUUUUUUUUUUACGAUGGCCAGAUGAGUUCUAUUACAGUAACCAUUCAACAUGUGACGUGUGGCAACCCGCAUGACCGAGGUUGCACUACAAAUACAAUUCUGGCAUACCAUAUCCACAUAGUUGAAAUGAAAAAAUAUAAUGUUAGUUAUGAUAUUAAUUGCACAGGUAUCUAAAGUCUAAGAAGAAAUAGUUUUUUUUGUAAAUUGUCGACAGCACAAGCAUUUUGUAUUGGUGUUUGUACCCAUUUUGUAUUAAACGAAAAAAAAUAAUUAAAAAGAAAUAUUAUGUUGUUUCAAGCCUGUGUUUAUAAUGCCACUGCAACCUUGGUUUCCAAACAGUACCUGUGCAGCCCUGCAGAUCAACAUUGUAAAUGAGAUGCCAAGCUGGAGAAUCCUUUUCAGGACCGUGUGUUAUAAAUAAAGAAUUCCCCUCCUUAUAAGAA